CAGGAGAAGGAGGCAAGGAAGGUUGUGGGCAGAGAUGCAUGGAGACAGCGCCCCCGAGGUUGCUGGGCUGGCUGCUCCAGAGGCUGGGUGCACUGAGGGCCGCCGUGCGCAGGAGUCCAGGAGCGGCUGCCCCAGCGUGUUCUCCUGGAAGGUCCCCGCCGGGG